AAACCGUCAGUUCUCAUAUCCUCAUAUCCAGUGCUACACGGGAGUUAGCCACAAAUUCAACAUGGUUCUACAGCAAUGCUUGGCAUGCAACGCAAUGAUAACUGAAUCUUGCCGGACAUGCGUAUGUGGUCACGUGCUCGAAGACGUCAAAGCAAUCGCGGGAAAAAGAUUCUCGGAAUACCGCGUUGAGCUGUAUUCACGCCUGGAAAACAAGAGAAUAAAGCAGUUGGUAAGAACAAACAGAAAAGCGAGCGGAAAGGAAACUACCCGACAGCCUCUGAAAGAACGCAAGAGUAACCCAAAAGAAUUCUUAGCUGUUACUUCAGCACUUAAACCCAAGACCUGUCCACUUGGCUCAAAAACAUAUCACCGAAGACCAAAAGGCAAACGUCUUUCGCGCCCUGUCAACACGCCAUCCAGCGAAACAACUGCUGUGCCACCUGAACUAGUGUCCAGACUUCCGAGUGCUCUGCAAGAAAUUAACAGAAGAUUGACAGGACAGAACUUGAUAUGGUGGACAAUGCAGUUAUCAUAAAAGCUACGCCAACGGUGAAAGAACCAAAGAGGGCAUCAAAAGGAGAACUCAAACCCAUGAUGUAACUCACGUGUCGCUUUUGGAUUUUAUCCCAUGAUGCAGCAUAAACCUGGUAGCCGUAAUUGACUGAUUUUUCGGUCUACGGCUGGUUUGAGAAAAAAAUUAAAAAAAAAACAUAGCGGUAACUCGCUUUCGUACGA